UCUUAAAAACUAAGGACCACCUAAAGGCUAAGUCAAAUUUAAAUAAAGGUAAUAGGCCUAGGCCUACUAGUGAAGUUUUAUCUGUAAGCCUAGGACUAGUCAUGCUUUUUCUAAAUGUACAGUGCAUAAGCAAUAAGUGUAAUGAACUCGAAAUGAUCUUGUCAUCCAGUAAUUUUGACAUUCUCUGUUUUACAGAACACUGGUUGUCACAUGAUCAAUUAUGUAUGUUUAACUUAAUGAACUAUAACCUAAUUUCAGAUUUUAGCAGGUCCUGUAAGAAGAACGGAGGCGUUGCGUUGUAUGCCUCUAAAGAUUAUGCACCAAAUUGUAAGGCUAUAGACGUUAGUGGUUUCUGUUUGGAACAACAUCAUGAAUUUGCCUGUCUCAGUGUGCCUGAUUCCAAUCUCAUAGUUAUAGGUGUGUAUCGCUCACCCGAUGGAAAUCUGGAGUGGUUCCUUGACAGCCUUGAAAAACUAGUCCUAUCCCUUGAAAAUAGAAGAACGAAAAAUAAUCUGGUCCUGGGUGGUGAUGUUAAUAUAGACAUUUUAAAAGGUGAGAAACACUCAGAAGACUUUUUAAAUCUUUUGAAAUCCCUAAAUCUUUAUUGCUUGGUGUGGGAACCUACAAGAGGCAAUUCGUGUCUGGACAACGUUGCGACGGAUUUACCCAAAAGACUCCUGAAAACGGAAGUGAAGAGACUUGCUGUAAGUGAUCACGACGCAGUCAGCCUCCAUGUACAAACUGCAUCAAGUGCAGUACCUGAUGGUUCUGGUCGAAGAGUAUGUAGGCCUAUUUCAACAGACAAGAUAAAUAAUUUUAUAUAUCGCCUAGAUAACACAAACUGGGACUUCCUUUAUAAUACUGGUGCGGCUGAAGAUACCUUCAAUUGUUUUUUUCAAAAUUUCCUUCUUAUGUUUAAUGAAUGCUUUCCCACAAGGUUACUGCCUACAAAACGCUCCAAGAAAAAUCAAAAUCUUCCGGACUGGAAGGACCAAUCCCUAGUAACGUGGAAGAAGUGGGUGCUCCUAGCCUAUGAUCUCUACAGGGACAAUAAAACACCCGAUUCAGAGCUACGCUACAAAACUAUUAAGAAGCAGUACAAACAAAAACUUCUAUCAGCUAGACUGGAAAGAAAUGCUCGCUUCAUAGAAUCUGCCAGUAAUCGCUGUGCAGCAGCCUGGAAAGUUAUCCAUGAAGAAGGUGCUCCGUCCAAAUCCCAGUUGAUAUCUUCAGUGACUGCGGAAGCUUUCAACGCCCAUUUUAUUGACUCCGUCCAGCAGACCAGAGAUGCUAUCAACGGUUCAGCCACUUCUGCCCUAGAUAUGCUGGAGAAACGUGACCCUGCAGCCUCACGGUUCAACAUUACCCUUUUAUCCUGUGAAAGUGUGAUACGGGUGGUCCAGAAGCUCAACAACUCUCCAAGCAAAGAUAUAUUUGAGUUCGGAACCUGCCAAUCACUAAAUUCCAAAAGAGGGUGAGGGAGUUCCUAUUGGCUAACCCACUUUACUCAAUCCAUGAGUUUUUUGAACUUCCUGACAACUUGAUGUCGCUAGGCCCUGAUUCUGCGGCUAAGGCCAGUGGAAUGCAAGUGGCUGUGCCAGGUGCAGAUGAUCCUGAUUUUACCACCUUU